AUGACAGUUUUGAGAAAAUCAUGGAGGAACUAUUUCCCUCAUUUGAGAACACUGUCCGAAGAUUGUCGAGAUUUAUAUUCAGAAGAUACUAAUUCUAGCAUCAUAGCUGGAGAGGAAUUACACCACAGCGUAGACAAGCUGUCAAAGGCUGACAUUACAGCCGAAACCACUUCUGUGGAACCUCAUCCUCACAACUUGAGACAUAAUUUACCAUAUGAAGUGAGAGAUGAAGCUGGCCGUAAGUGGUGGAAAUAUUUCGAUGAGUUUGAAUAUCGCGUUAAUAAAGAGUACAUGAAAUCACGUAAAUGGUACGAAUUCCUGUAUCCUAACCAUACCACCCAAACGAAGGCAGAAAGGAGACUACUUUACAAAUUAGACAUUAUUAUUGCGUUGUAUUUUUUCAUGUUAUGUUGGUCCAAAUCAGUGGAUUUGAAUAACUACACGAACGCAUACGUUUCCAACAUGAAGGAAGAUUUAGAUAUGAAGGGUAAUGAUUACGUUUAUACUUCCACUAUUGCUAGUGUCGGUGCUAUUGUCUUCCAAUUACCAUUUAUGUACUUGUUGCCAAGAUUUCCUUCUCACAUCAUUUUGCCCGUAAUGGAUUUAGGUUGGACUUGGUUUACAUUUGCAUGUUAUAGGGCAAACUCUUUAGCCGAACUGAGAGCUUACAGGUUCAUACUUAGUGCCUUUGGAGCCGCUUACUACCCAGUGUCACAAUACAUUUUGGGUUGUUGGUAUGCUCCCGAUGAAAUUAAUUCAAGGGUCUGCUUAUUCUUUUGUGGGCAACAGCUGGGUUCUGUGACUUCAGGUCUUUUACAAAGUCGGAUAUUCAAAAGUUUGAACGGCGUGCAUGGUCUAGCAGGUUGGAGGUGGAUGUUUUUGAUUGAUGCUGUUGCAAUUUCUCUUCCAACGGCUAUUAUCGGGUUUUUCGUGAUCCCUGGUGUACCAUCAAAAUGUUACUCUUUAUUCUUGACCGAUGAAGAAAUUAGAAUUGCAAGGGCCAGGAAUAAGAGGAACCAAAUCAAGGAUGGUGUCGAUAAAAGCAAGUUAAUCCCACUUUGGAGCAGAAAGCUUUGGAAGAAAGUGUUUUGCACACCAGCAUUCUGGGUGCUUGUUGUUUUCGACACGUGCUCCUGGAAUAAUAUGACUGCUUAUAGUGGUUCAUACACUUUGUGGUUGAAGUCCAAUACCAAAUACUCUAUUGCUCAAGUAAACAAUCUGAGUGUCAUACCCGCAUGUUUAGGAUUUGCAUACGUCAUUUUCUGCGCCUUUGGUGCUGAUCUAUUUAGGUGCAAGUGGAUAUUUAUGGUUUUUGCUGCCAUCAUGAAUACCGUCUCUUGCGCUCUGCUCAUAAAAUGGGAUAUUUCCUCCAAGGCUAAAUGGUUUGCCUUUUUUACCACCUAUUUCAGUGUGGCUGCUUCUCCAUGUCUGUGGUCGUUCAUCAAUGACUUUUUAAGAUUUGACCCGCAGGUGAAGGCUGUCACAUGGAUCGCCAUUUAUUCGUUCUCUCAGUCCACUUAUGCUUGGAUUCCUACUUUGGCAUGGCCCACUGUGGAUUCCCCUCGCUUCAAGACCGGCUACACCGUAAGUUUGAUUUUUGGUGCGAUCUACGGUUUAUGGACGUUCGUCGUCUUGUUUUUCUACAAGCGAAACGAAAAGAAGCAUGCUUUAGGAAAUGGCAUUAUCUUAUAUGACACUAGCAAGGGCGAAGAGCUUCCAGAGUUUGUAAGAAAGGAUAUGGAAGAAAAAGAUGGUUACUACUACUUAAAACGAUCCUAG